CAACAUAAAGUACAGUGCGAAUGUGAGGUGAGACAACAGUCGAUAUGGCCGAUAGUUGUGAGCACUUUGUAGUUAACUUGGUCAAUGCUAAAACCGGGCAAGAGCGACAAGAGAAACAUUUGGAAAAUAACAAAUAACAAUUGACAGUUUGUUCAGUGAGUUGUUGGCCAAAGAACGCGGCAGUUCGUCAAAAUAAAAGUAAAAUAAAAAUGCCUUGGCAAUGGCUGCUCCUCCUAUUUCUAGUGGUCGGGAAAGGAAAUGGUGCCUCCAAACGUGUGAAAAUGUGCCUGCAACCAAUGAUCAGUGGCAGGUGUUUUGGCCAGGUCGAAAGCUAUGCCUAUAAUCCCCUCCAGCGUCGUUGCGAGGCUUUCAUCUAUGGCGGUUGCGGUGGCAACGAGAAUCGUUUUGAUAGCAAGGCCGACUGCGAGUACAGCUGUCGUGAUAUUUAAGCCGAUAAGCGAUAACGAUAAGCCGACAAAUGAUAAAUAUUAACUAUAAUCGAUUAAUAACAGAC